UUGCACUGGCGUGGACGUGCCCAAUACCGCGGUAGCACGAGGAGAGCUGCCCCCAGACGCAGCAGGUAAUUGCUGCCAUGGAAACACAACUGUCUAAUGGGCCAACUUGCAAUAACACAGCCAAUGGUCCAACCACCAUAAACAACAACUGCUCCUCACCAGUUGACUCUGGGAACACAGAGGACAGCAAGACCAACUUAAUAGUCAACUACCUUCCUCAGAACAUGACACAGGAGGAACUAAAGAGUCUUUUUGGGAGCAUCGGUGAGAUAGAGUCUUGUAAGCUCGUAAGAGACAAAAUAACAGGGCAGAGCUUGGGAUAUGGCUUUGUGAACUACAUUGACCCGAAGGAUGCAGAAAAAGCUAUCAACACCCUGAAUGGAUUGAGACUUCAAACCAAAACAAUAAAAGUUUCCUAUGCUCGCCCAAGUUCAGCCUCUAUCAGAGAUGCAAAUUUGUACGUCAGUGGGCUCCCGAAAACGAUGACUCAGAAGGAGUUGGAACAGCUUUUUUCACAAUAUGGGCGCAUCAUUACUUCUCGUAUUCUUGUUGACCAGGUCACUGGCAUAUCAAGGGGUGUGGGGUUUAUUCGAUUUGACAAGCGGAUUGAGGCAGAAGAAGCUAUCAAAGGCCUAAAUGGCCAGAAACCUCCUGGUGCCACAGAGCCAAUCACUGUAAAGUUUGCUAAUAAUCCAAGCCAAAAAACCAAUCAGGCCAUCCUCUCCCAGCUGUACCAGUCUCCAAACAGAAGGUAUCCAGGACCAUUAGCUCAGCAGGCACAGCGUUUUAGGUUGGACAAUCUGCUCAAUAUGGCUUAUGGAGUAAAGAGUAGGUUUUCUCCAAUGACCAUUGAUGGAAUGACCAGUCUGGCUGGAAUUAAUAUCCCCGGGCACCCAGGAACAGGGUGGUGUAUCUUUGUGUACAACCUGGCUCCUGAUGCAGACGAGAGUAUCCUGUGGCAAAUGUUUGGGCCUUUUGGAGCUGUCACCAACGUGAAGGUCAUCCGUGACUUUAACACCAAUAAAUGCAAAGGUUUUGGAUUUGUGACUAUGACAAACUAUGAUGAGGCAGCCAUGGCAAUAGCUAGCCUCAAUGGAUACCGUCUGGGAGACAGAGUACUGCAGGUCUCCUUUAAGACCAACAAAACGCACAAAGCCUAAUGCGCUCUUGUCCUCAGUCCAUUUAUAUAUGAAAACUAUACAACAAAGGCAAGUUAAGAGAAACUUUAUACAUUAGUAAAUGUCUUUGUAAGUCAGUGUUGAGAUGGGGAUAAAACGACUACUUAGCAUCUUAAGAAAUAUGUGAGAUUUUUUAUUGCUAGUAUUUGAAUUAAAACUUCUUAAAUAUCUUUUAUGUUUGAAUAUGGACAAGAGGUACAGGGUUUUUACCUGUCACAUUGCAUUCUAUUGCCUUCUUUGAAGAAGGUGGACCUUUUAAAGUGUUUCAGCUAAGGGAAGACAUUUCUUUUCUUUUUACAUAACUGCCUUGAACCUGUGAGUAAAUAUUGAGGCUUUGUGUUGUAAUUCUUCAGUUGG